AUGGGCCAGCAGCUGCCCUCGGCCGCGGACGCCGCGGCCAGCUUCGCGGCGGGCGUCGCCGCCGCCACAGGAGGCGGCGAAGCGCAUGACGAGGUUGAGUUGCGCUGUCCUGAAGAGGUCGGCGGCCGCGCCCGUUUCUCGCGACCGUACCCGUGGGUGGACCUGGUUGCGCGCGCGGCGCACGCCCUGGCGCUGCGCCCGCUAGCCGCCAGCUCAGGCUCCAGUCCUGAGUGGGAGCCGUCCGAGGACGAGGCCCUUCAGGUCCUGGAGAGGGCCGAGCCACGCCUGCGGGCCCUGUCGGAGGGGCCCGGCGAGUUCUUGGCGGGCUGCCCGCCGCGGGACGGGGCUGUCGACGGUGCUGCAAUGGUCACGCUGGCCUGGACCGAGGCCCUGCUGGAACAGCUGCCAGAUCUGCGCCAGACACGCUACCGGCUGGUGCCUGGGCGCCUGUCGGAGGAGGCGUUCUGGUCUCGCUACUUUGGCGCUGUCUUCGAGGUGCUCGAGGAGGAGCUGGCGGCUCUGCGUUGGGCGGGACUGGCGUCGCUCUUCCACGCGAGCCGCUGCCCCGAGCUGCCGCCCUGCCCCGCGUGCCCGGGCGCGCCGCCGUCGCCGGGCCGGCCGAACUUGAGCGGCCCGGAGGUGCAGUGGGCGGCAGCCUUGGCGGGCUUCGGCGAGGCUGCGACUUCGAAGAGCCCGAGGUGGAUGGCGGCAGCGCAGGCGGUGGUUCCGCUGCAGGCGGCCGAGCUGCAGGAGUGGGCAUUCGUGCUCUACGCGGUGCCGGGGCCGCCCGUGUACCACCAGCGCCAGGUGGUCGGGUGCCGGCGCUCGGAGUGCUCGGCGACUGAGCUGGACGCGGUCCUCAUCGGCACGCCCGACCUGGACGUGUACGAGGAGGACUAUCGUCCGAGCUCGAUGGGGACGGACAUCGUGAGGGUGGUCUUCUCGCCGGCGCGGUGGCCGCCCCCUGCUGGGGUACCGAGGGCGCAGGUGAACCGUUUCCGUGAUGACCUCACGGGCCUGGAGCUGGCGGCGAUGCAGGGAGCUGCUCGAGACCUCGAGGGCCUGGCCGUCUACGGCGACAUGCUGGAGGUGGGCAGCCCUGGCGGGCCUUCGCUGGCUGGUGGCACGGGGCGGCGACAGGUGGUGACGCUGCCGAGUGGCCACUCGGUCUUCGCGGCGCUGGUGGCCGACUCGGAGGUCGCCCAGCUGAAGCGAGAGUUCCGAGGGAGCGACGCCCGCAGCCUGCCAGUGGUGCGCACGGCGGUCGGCCGCGAGCGCCCCUGGACUUCCGUGGUGAACGACUGCGCCGAGGAACAGAUCCCCGACUUAGGCCAGGAGGAUGGCAGACCGGUGCUGCACUCGGAGAUAUGGAAUGGUUGCCGCUGUCUCCAGGGCUCGGAUUUCGGGGUCGCGGAGCACGAAUCGCUGAGCAAGAUAGUGGAGACCCUCGGUGCCGUCGACCAGCUCGAUAUCUAUAACUUGGCGGGGGUGGAGGUGGCCUACUGGAAGAUGCAGAUGAUCGAGUGCUAUGGGGACGAGCGGCGGCAGGAGCAGCACAGCACGAAUGGCAAGCUGCCGCUCGACGAGGUGCAGGCCUUCCUUGGCGGAGGGCGCGCGCCCAGCAUGGUCUGUCCUGACUUGCUGGAUCAGGCACUGAAUCAGAUGCACGCUGGAGAGGAUGAUCUGUUUCGGCGGCCUCUGGACAAGCCCUGUCGAGUGCAGGGGCUGGCGCUGGAUCACUUGUCAGACUGCUGCGCGCGGUUCAGAGCGCCCCCGCCUGUCCUUGCGGCCGACGCUGCCCUGCGGGGGCUGCAGGUCAGCUCGGCGUACGGGGCGGACGAGUCCCUGACGCUGGCGCCUCUGAGUUUUGACCUCGUCUCGCUGCCAAAGGCGGGUGCACGGCCGCGCCCUCUGGAGGAGCUGUCGGGGCGGGACGGCCCGCGCCUGCUCGAAGUUUUUCUCGGCAGCAAGGCUCUUGAGGCGCCCGUCGUCGACAUGGGGGUCGUGGCCCCAGGCGUUCAGGAGGUGUCCCGGGAGGUUCUCAACGGGCGUUGUCAGGUGGUGUCUAGUGGAGGCUGGGCCCGACCUGAGCACAUCGUGGUCCAUGAGGGGCGGGCCCUGGUGCAUGCCACUCGUCGCGCGCUCCGGGAUUCACGGGCGUUCGGGAAGAGGGUCCUUUUCCAGACUGAUGCACUCUCGUCGGUUCUGGCUCUGACGAAGGGCCGCUCCUCGUUCCGCGGGCUGCUGCGGGUCUCGCGGCAGUGGGCGGCAUGGUGCCUCGCAGGGCGUGUGGCGCCGGCGCUGCGCUUGCUGCCAUCGGAACGCAGACCUGCCGAUGCCCCCUCGCGGCGGGACAUCCCCAUCGGGGUCUGGCUGGACUUCGCCUGUGACGCGAAGGGGGCGUCGGCAGCGUUGGCGAGGGGCGCGCCGGCGAAGCGGCGGAAGCUGAGCUCGAGUCAAGCGGAGCCGCGGCCGCUGCCCGAGCACGCGGGUCGACAGGUCCGAGCGAGGAGGCGCCGGGCCGCCGAGAGGGCCCGCGAGGCACCGCCGCCGGGGAGGUCGCGCCUGCAGGAGAGGUCGGUGACGCCGAAGACGCUGGCGACCUACCGGGCGGCGUGGCGCCGGUUCGAGGUCUGGCGGGCCGACUCGCUGGAGGCCGAGGCCGUCGCGUUGCGCCGCCGCGUGCUGGCGUCGGCGCCGCUGGUGGAGCUCCUCGACGACUGGCUGACCCUGUGGAUGGACGCCGAGUACCUCGGCGGCGAGCCCGCCCACCCGGGGUCGCCGAUGCUGGCCGUCGCGAAGUUCCACCUCCCCGAGUUCGGGCGCGGCGGCGCGGGGGGGCUACCAAAGGCCGUCCAGGCUUUGAGAGGCUGGAGGCGGCCGGCGCUGGGCAGGACGCGCCUCCCCUUGCCUUGGGAGGUGGUCGCCCUCCUGGCGACGCAGCUGGUGCGCGACGGCUUCUGA